CGAUGACAUGUCAAUAUAGGCUAAACAAGUUACACAGCCAUUUAAAUCAUGGAUUCGGGUGUCAUCACUAAGCGUUUUACUUUGCUUGGCAUUUUUCUUUAUUUCGGAACUUUACUGUCAGUUAAGGCGGAGACGCAUUCCCUGUACUACAUCUACACAGCUUUAUCCAAACCUGUGGAUCUGCCAGGCAUCUAUGAUUUCACAGCUAUGGGUUUACUGGAUGACAGACAGAUUGAUUACUACAACAGCAAGGAACAAAAAAAGAUUCCUAAACAGGAUUGGAUGAAAGAGAAAUUGCCACAGGAUUACUGGGAGAAAGGUACCCAAUCCCGAAAGAGCAAAGAACAGUGGUUUAAUGUAAAUGUUAACAUUCUGAUGGAACGAAUGAAUCACACUAAAUCAGAUCAUGUUCAUAUUCUUCAGUGGAGACAUGGUUGUGAAAUUGAAAAACAGGGAUAUGAAGUGACAUUUCUCAAAGGUAUUGAUGAGUACAGCUAUGAUGGUGCAAACUUCCUUUCCUUUGAUGAUAAGAACUCACAGUGGGUUGCCCCAGUUCCUGAAGCUGUCCCAACCAAGAGGAAAUGGGAUAAUGUGCCCAUCUUAAACCAGUACACCAAGGGCUACCUGGAGAAAGAGUGUGUGGACUGGCUGAACAAGUUCAGAGAAUAUGGAGACAAAGAACUCAGAAAUCACUCUCCACCAGAGGUUCGUGUGUUCGCUAAAAGGGCUCCCGGAAACAAAAACAACUUGAAACUCACCUGCCUGGCCACUGGCUUCUACCUUAAAGAUGUGGCACUGUAUAUUAGGAAAAAUCGCACAUAUCUGCGUGAAAAUGAGAUUGAAUCGACAGGAGUCAGACCAAAUGAUGAUGGAACAUAUCAGCUGCGAAAGAGUGUGGAAAUAGCAGAAGAUGAAAAAGCAGAUUAUGAUUGUUUUGUGACCCACAUCACCCUACCAGAACCAAUAAUCACCAAAUGGGAUGGAAAAUGCAGUGACUGCAGUGAAUCCCUGGCUAUUGGUGUUGAGAUCGGCAUUGUGUUUACAGUUGUUUUCCUUUUAGUUACAGCAGUUGGUAUUCAUCUUUUCAAUAAAAAUAAUGGUCAGUAUAACAACAUUACAUAAUUAUGACCGAUGAACAGAGGUGGAAAGAGUAAUAAAAUAUUGUACUCAAGUAAAAGUAAAGUUACUUUAAUACUAUUUUACUUAAGUAAAAGUAAAGUUACUGGUCUAAAAAUCUACUCAAUUAAAAGUAAAAAGUAAGUCAUUUUAACUUUACUCUGAGUAAAAGUUACUUUUUGACAGCGGGGAGAGGUGGAUGAUUCUAGUUCAAAAACGACAAGGGAAUAUAAAUCUCAAACUAGUUGUUUUUAAUUAGGAGCAUCUUUACAAUUAAAGUGCAACAACAAAAAGUUAAUAAAAUAAAAAGCUUUUUUAAACCAAGAAACAUUUAUGGAAUUUAUUAUUGUUAAAUGGUUUUU